CGAACAAACACAUAAAGAAAGAAAGAAAGAAAGAAAGAAAGAAAGAAAGACUAUAGCCAGGUAACCGGAAAAGAUAAGGUUCAGUUCCGGCUUAGAGUGGUCUGCGGAAGCUGAAGGGAGGGAAUGGCUGGCGAGGGCCCGUGUCAGUGAACACUCUGUAUUCACGAUGCAGGGGGAUUUGGAGAAUGGGGUUCUGGAGCGCAGCCUCCCCACGAUUGCCUCCUUCUCCCACUCCCAGUCCCUCUCUCUCCCCUCCCAGUACUUCGGCCCGGGGGAACGCAGGACCAUCUCCGAUGUGCGUCGCACUUUUUGUCUCUUCGUCACGUUUGACCUGCUCUUUGUCUCGCUGCUCUGGAUCAUCGAACUCAACGUCAGGAACAGCAUCUGGGAGAGCCUGGAUCUGGAGGUUGUUCACUACAACUUCAAGACGUCCUUCUUCGAUAUAUUUGCUCUCGCUCUCUUCCGGUUCCUCUUGUUGCAGUUGGGCUAUGCCAUUCUGAGGCUACGGCACUGGUGGGUCAUUGCGAUCACCACACUGGUAACCAGUUCCUUCCUCAUUGCUAAAGUCAUCAUUUCCAAUCUACUCUCCAAGGAUGCCUUGGGUUACGUGCUACCCAUCACCUCCUUCGUGAUCGCCUGGCUGGAGACCUGGUUCCUCGACUUCAAGGUGUUAACGCAAGAGGCUGAGGAUGAGCACAUGUACCUGGCAGCUAUCCGAGCCGCAGCAGCGCGAGAACCCCUUAUCCUCUGCCCCAGCGUGCUGUCCGAAGGGCAGUUCUACUCGCCACCAGAGUCCCUGGCAGGCUCUGGGGAUGAGCUGGACGAGGAGGGGAAUGGGCGGAAAGCUGUUACAUCACAGGAGAGGGAGUUUGUGCGGCUGGGCAAGGAAGCAAUGGCUGUUGUCGAUCAGAUCCUGGCUCAGGAGGAAAACUGGAAGUUUGAAAAAAACAAUGUGCUGGGAGACUCUGUGUACACGCUGGAGAUCCCUUUCCAUGGCAAGACCUUCAUCCUCAAGGCCUUCAUGCAGUGCCCUGCAGAACUGGUGUAUCAGGAAGUCAUUCUCCAGCCAGAGAAGAUGGUGCAGUGGAACAGAACCAUUGCGGCCUGUCAGGUCCUGCAGCGUGUCGAUGACAACACCCUGGUCUCCUAUGAUGUGUCCGCUGGAGCAGCAGGGGGUGUCGUCUCUCCCAGGGACUUUGUGAACGUGCGUCGGGUGGAAAGGAGGCGGGACCGCUACAUCUCCUCGGGCAUCGCAACCAAUCACGAGGCAAAGCCUUUGCACAGCCGCUACGUCAGGGGUGAGAACGGCCCAGGCGGCUUCGUGGUUCUGAAGUCCAGCAGCAACCCAGCCGUGUGCACCUUCAUCUGGAUCCUCAACACUGACCUCAAGGGUCGUUUGCCACGGUACCUCAUUCACCAGAGCCUGGCUGCCACCAUGUUUGAGUUUGUGUCUCACCUGCGACAGCGGAUCAGUGAGAUCUGCCCAGCACUGCGCUAGUCCGGUGGCCUCCCUGCCUGACUGUCUGCUCCGUCACAUUCCACAGGACAGAGCGCCCCUACAGGCUGGUGGGACAUACGGCUACUAACAUUUCUGUGCCAUUAUACUGGACUGGAUGGGGGGGGCAACAAACCUCUUCAGUCCCUCCUCCUCCUCCUCCUCCUUCUUGGAUCAAGUGUUUUUUUGGGGUUUUUUGGGAUUCCGCUCAGGAGUCCAGCCUCUAACUUGGACCCUGAGGAAUUCCUGACCCUAGAAAGGACUACACACACACACACACACACACACACACACACACACACACACACACACACACACACACACGGGUCUUAUCAGAUCAGCUUGACCAGGUGUGACCUGGCUGCACUGUGCCUUUGUGAAUGUAUUACUGUCUAGAGGUUGUUCAGUUCUACAGCACUGUCGACAUGCGAUUCAGGGGACAGAGAAUUCAGAUUGCACCGCUGUUUUUUACAGACUGUACCAUGCCCGCUGAGAAAUAAUGCUUUUACAACCCUUUACCAUCGGUCCUAUAUUAUCACAAGCUCUCAAUGUUUUAACUUCUAAUGAGAUUUGUAAACGGCACGCACACAUAGUGUCAUGGUGGACAGAGCUGGGACCUGCCUGUUAUCUGAUUGGGAUUUCCAUCUGGGACAGUCAUUGUAGUUGCAGCUUUGCUUUCCUGAAUGUUUGGGCUAGUUGGAUCAUGCAACCAGUCUCUAUCCUGGAAUAUUCCUGAGACUUGAUCUGGGAACACUUAUCUGUAAAAUCAGUGGCUGUGAUCAUGACAGUACAAUUUUCUGCCGAAGAUGGACUCUGAACUCUGUGUCUGAGGGUUUCAACUCUAAAUUUCUCUGCCUUGUGCUGGAUUCUGAUCUACCCCACACCACUGAGAGUCUAGCGGGCUUUCUGCAGUGCGUGUAGAACUCCUGUCAAUCGGCACUGGAUUAUCGAAGAUCAAUGUAUCUGCUCUUGCCUCAUCAAUCUGAAGUGAUAAAAUGGGCUUUACUGAUUAACAGCCUGUGUUUUGAUUGAAAUUUGUUUCUGUUAAUGAUACUUAUUACUGUAUAUGGUCCUGAAGUUUUUACUGUGCUUGUCUGGGUUGGGUUUUUAUUCCAGGCAGGAGUCUGAGUGCUUCACUGGGGAUAGGUGCUGGCAACAACUGAGUACUUGAACAGUCUGAAUAGCUAAACCUCCUGAACAUUUCAUACUCUGUAAAGAUGAAUUUCUUUAGGCUGUAGGGCUGGUUCCACAGAACCCGUCCAGCACAAUGUCUACUAGUGUAAAGGAAGUAAAUUUAAGACUUGUGUUUCAUAUAUCAUGAAGUGUUCUCUUUAUCCGAUCAGCAUCCAGACACCAGGAGCCCCAGCAUUGCAGAUCAUGACUGCCUCGUUGAGAUUCUUACAAAGAGACCCUUUUGAUUUGAUUUCAGUAAGCUAAUACUUACCAUUAAUACAGAAUAGUUUUUGGAGGUGCUUUUUGUGUCAAACUGAGUUUCAGAACAGGAACCAAUGUGUUUGUAUUUGCAUUUACAUGAGUUUUAAUAAUUAAAUAUACUAUGGCUUCA